GAGGGUGGGGUUCCGGUGUUGAAAUGGCAUCCUGGACAGACAUAAACACCCCACCCACUUUGCCCACUGGCCAAGCGCCUGUGCCCACACCAGCUCCCAGCUCUGGGGAUGGCAAUAUAACAAAUGGGCGGGGGCAAGGGCUAGGGGAGAUCCUCCUUCAAAAGAAUAAUUUGCGGUUCUUAAUAAUUUGGGGGUUGCUGGGGACUUUUGGGCUUUGGGGACCCUGGACCAGGCCCUGGCCCAGUAGGAUGCCCCCGUGUCCUCCCCAGCAGAGCAGGAACAGGGUGACACAGUUACCCACUCCAGAGCUGGGUGAGAUGGAGCUGACUUGGCAAGAGAUCAUGUCCAUCACUGAGCUGCAGGGCCUAAAUGCUCCAAGUGAGCCAUCCUUUGAGCCCCCCGCCCCAGCCCCCUACCUGGGCCCACCGCCCCCAACUUACUGCCCUUGCUCAAUGCACCCAGAUGGUGGCUUCCCCCUUCCUCCACCACCUUAUGAGCUCCCAACACCCACAUCUCACGUCCCAGACCCUUCAUACUCCUAUGGCAACAUGGCCAUUCCAGUCUCCAAGCCACUGACCCUCUCGGGCCUGCUCAGUGAGCCCCUCCCAGACCCCUUGGCUCUCCUGGACAUUGGGCUGCCAGCGGGGCCCCCCAAGCCCCCAGAGGACCCAGAGUCUGACUCAGGAUUAUCCCUCAACUAUAGCGACGCUGAAUCCCUUGAGCUGGAGGGGACAGAGGCCGGUCGGCGGCGCAGCGAGUACGUAGACAUGUACCCAGUGGAGUACCCCUACUCACUCAUGCCCAACUCCUUGGCCCACCCCAACUAUGCCUUGCCGCCUGCGGAGACCCCCUUAGCCUUAGAACCCUCCUCAGGCCCCGUGCGGGCCAAGUCCACUGCACGGGGGGAGGCGGGGAGUCGGGAUGAGCGCCGGGCCCUGGCCAUGAAGAUUCCCUUCCCAACGGACAAGAUUGUCAACUUGCCGGUAGAUGACUUCAAUGAGCUGUUGGCCCGGUACCCACUGACGGAGAGCCAGCUGGCGCUGGUCCGGGACAUCCGACGGCGGGGCAAGAACAAGGUGGCCGCCCAGAACUGUCGCAAGAGAAAGUUGGAGACCAUCGUGCAGUUGGAGCGGGAACUGGAGCGGCUGGGCAGUGAGCGGGAACGGCUUCUCCGGGCCAGAGGGGAGGCCGACCGGACCCUGGAGGUCAUGCGCCAACAGCUGACGGAGCUGUACUGUGACAUUUUCCAGCACCUGCGGGAUGAAGCAGGCAACAGCUACUCCCCUGAAGAGUAUGCUCUGCAGCAGGCUGCUGACGGGGCCGUCUUCCUGGUGCCCCGGGGAGCCAAGAUGGAGGCCACAGGCUGAGCUGGCCCAGAGGGGCGGCACUGGUCAUGGAGACCUCCUUUAUUCCCCUCUGAUAAAGGUAUUCCUCAGAAGGAGCUGGGUUCUCUAGACCAGAAGGGGACGAUGGGAAACCUGGCAUUUGGCGGGUCCACGGCGUAUUCAGUAAGGCUUGCCUUGAGACACGUGUAUGAGGGGAGGCUUGGAAUCUCUUUUCCGUGAUUCAGCUUCCUAGAUCUCCAGCCUCCACCUCUUGUUUGAACUUUGGUAUAUAAAGCGCUCUACACAAAUAGC